AUACCCUGAUAUAUUAUUAAUUCAUUUAAUUAGUUGCACACUUGGCAUUCUAAAAUAUUUCUCUCUCUUUUUCCACCCUUUGUUGAUUGGUUUUUCAUAUUUUGGUGGAUCCCUUCUUUUCUCCUCCACCUUCUCCUCCAUAGAAACAAACCCUUCUCUUUAUUCUUUCAUUCAUUUCAUUUUUUUCCCCUUGUAAAUGAAAUAAGAAAAGGAAAUCAAAAAAAGGCUUUUGCAUUUGUGAUAAACACCAUUCCUUCUAGAAAGAAGUUUCAUAUAAUGAUGUACAAAUGGAUCCAAAAACAAUGGCUAUUGGAUUUGAAGGAAAACUAGCAUCCUCAUUUCAAUGUUAUUUCUAGCUCCUUUAAAAUCGUAAUCUUCUUCAAGGCAACAAAAGCAUCAUUUGGUUUUUGCUUCCACAUUUUCCCAUCCCUAUAGCCACCAUUGAGCUUGUGUGUGAUUCCAACAUGACAACCAAAAUUAAAGGGAUCUACAAAGGUUUCAAGUACAUCACCCAAAUUUUUGUUGUGAAGGAGAAGGACAUGGAAAUUGGGUAUCCAACAGAAGUUAAGCAUGUGGCUCACAUUGGAUGGGAUAGUCCAAAUGGGAAUGGACCCACUUGGAUGAAUGAAUUUAAAACAGCACCUGAUUUUUCAACAUCAAUUGGUAGCUUAAGUGAACGAAGAGAUCCUAAUCCAAUGGCUGCAACCACAUCAAGGUCCAAUCAAGAUUUUGAAGAUCCAACUAGUAAUCAACCAACACCAAUCAUGUACCAAGGUAAUAUUCCAUCAGCUGAGGUUACUAAUCAAGUUCCUAAGAAGCCAAAGAGGAAAAAGACAAAGUCAACUUCCUCUCCUAAAUCUUCAUCAAGACAAUCAAAAGCAUCAAGGUCAAAGGCUAUGUGUAGUGAGAGAGAAGCAACACCAAUUGCUCAACAUUAAUUAGAAGCUUAAGUCAAGGCAUAAUUGAAGUUGGUGCAUGGAAAAUGGAUUUGUGCAUUUAGCAAUGUUAAUAGCAAAAAUCAUAUGCAUGCCCUUAAUAUAGGGAUACUAAGGAAUGAAAGAAAUUAAAUAGAGCAAGUUAUUUAAAUUUCUAUGUUGUUUAGUAUUUCCUAUUUCACUUAGAGAAAAAUCUAUUACUUGCCAACAAGGUGGGAAAAAAACAAUGAAAAUGUGGUUAUUAAAGGGUAUUUGGAUUGUGUGCUAGUCUUUGGUUUUAUGUGAAUUAUAUCUAGUCCUUAAAUAUAUAACUUGUAUUCUCAAUUUUGUAGAUUAAAUGAAAGACAUGGAGGAAAAAAUGUAGUAAAAGAUCCUCAUUUGUACAAGGUCAA